CCGCCGCACGCACGCGCACUGCGCCCAGCAUGAGGGUCGCGGCUCUGAUCAGUGGUGGGAAGGACAGCUGUUAUAAUAUGAUGCGGUGCAUUGCUGCUGGGCAUCAGAUCGUCGCUUUAGCAAAUCUGAGACCAGCUGAAAACCAAGUGGGGUCAGAUGAACUGGAUAGCUACAUGUACCAGACAGUGGGGCAUCAUGCCAUUGAUUUGUAUGCAGAAGCGAUGUCUCUUCCCCUCUAUCGCCGCACCAUAAGAGGAAGGAGCGUGGAUACGGAACGAGUGUACACCAAAUGUGAAGGUGAUGAGGUUGAAGAUCUCUAUGAGCUUUUGAAACUUGUUAAGGAAAAAGAAGAAGUUGAAGGGAUAUCAGUAGGUGCCAUACUUUCUGACUAUCAGCGUAUUCGAGUAGAAAAUGUGUGUAAAAGGCUUAAUCUCCAGCCUUUAGCUUACCUCUGGCAGAGAAACCAGGAAGAUUUGCUCCGAGAGAUGAUAUCAUCAAACAUUCAAGCAAUCAUCAUCAAAGUAGCAGCUUUGGGUUUAGAUCCAGAUAAGCAUCUUGGAAAAACCCUGGAUCAAAUGGAGCCUUAUCUUUUAGAGCUUUCUAAGAAGUAUGGAGUCCAUGUUUGUGGAGAAGGUGGAGAGUAUGAAACGUUCACUUUGGAUUGCCCUCUAUUUAAGAAGAAAAUAAUUGUGGAUUCAUCAGAAGUCGUCAUACAUUCAGCUGAUGCAUUUGCACCUGUGGCUUAUCUGCGCUUUUUAGAAUUGCACUUGGAGGACAAGGUCUCCCCAGUGCCUGACAACUACAGAACAUCUCAUUGUAUACAUAAUUCUUGAAAAGCAUUUUUGAACAUUGUUUACUAAGCUGCCAUUUCUAUAUGAAAAAAUUACGUAACAUUUUCUCACUUAUUAUGUCUAGCUUUUUCUCAUUACUUUUUUUUGAUUCUUAGAAAUGUAUAUUUUUAUCAGAAGUUAAUAGAACCAUUGAUUAAUUGGGGAGAUGUGAAUGCCUUGUUCAUUAAUACUGUCAGCUUCCUCAAGAUUCAUUCUUUCUCUGACUUUUAACACAUCCUCUUUGUGACGUGUGUGUGAUGUGUGCCCUUUUUUUCCCCUUUACUUCAUCUCCAACCCUCAUUUCUGUAGCAUUUCUUGGCUUCUAUCACACCUUCUCUCUUUCAUGCUCUCAUCUUUGCCAAUAAUAUCAUGAUACAGAGGCAUUUGAAAAUGAGGAUGAAAAGGCAAUCACUUUAUUUAGCCAAUCAAGUUUAUUCUACUGAGUGUUACCAAAGUGAUUUAUCAUUUUUGUUUUGAAUAUAUUCAGUGUAUUAAUGUCAUUGGACAAGCAGCAAGACUAUCAUGAAUUCUUAUUGGUUGUUUUAGAACAUUAAAAAAAUGCAAUUUUGUGGUAUCACCUGUAAUGAACUUAGACAACUUUAUUUUGAAAUAGAAAUUUUUUAGAGCACUUUUGGGUCCAUAGCAAAAUUGAGCAGAAAGUACAGAGAGUUCCCAUAUACCCCCUGCCCCCACACAUGCACAGCCUCCCCGAUUAUCAACAUCAGGCACCAGAGUGAUACAUUUGUUACAAUCAAUGAACCUACACUGACACAUCGUUAUCACCCAAAGUCCAUAGUUUACAUUACAGUUCAGUUUUGAUGUUGUACAUUCUAUCAGUUUUGGCAAAUGUAAUGGCAUAUAACAGUAUCAUACAGAAUAGCUUCAUUACUCUAAAAAUCUUCUGUGCUCUGCCUAUUCAUCCUUCCUUUCCCUCUCAGCCCUGGCAACUACUGAUCUUUUUACUGUCUAUAGUUUUGCCUUUUCCAGAAUGUUAUAUAGUUGGAAUCACAUAGUAUGUAGCCUUUUCAGAUUGGUUUGUUUUUUCACCUAGUAAUAUGCAUUUAAGCCUCCUCCAUGUCGUUUCAUGAGUUUUUAAGUGCUGAAUAAUAUUCCGUUAUCUGGAUGUACCACAGUAUACUUAUCCAUUCACCUACCAAAGGACAUCUUGGUUGCUUCCAAGUUUUGGCAGUUAUGAAUAAAGCUGCUGUAAAAAUCUGUGUGCAGGUUUUUGUAUGGACAUAAGUUUUCUACUCCUUUGAGUGAAUACCGAGGAGUGUGAUUGCUGGAUCAUGGUAAAAGUAUGUUUAGUUUUAUAAGAAACCACUAAACUGUCUUCUAAAGUGGUUGUACCAUUUUGCAUUCCCACCAGCAAUAAUGAGAAUUCCUGUUGCUCUGCCUCCUCGCCAGCAUUUAGUGUUGUCAGUAGCAUUUUGGACUUUUGCCAUUCUAGUAGGUGUGUAUGGUAUCUCAUUGUUGUUUUAAUUUGCAUUUCCCUAAUGACAUAUGAUUUAGAGCAUCUUUUCAUAUGCUUAUUUGCCAUCUCCAUAUCUUGUUUGUUGAAGUGUCUGUUCAGAUCUUUUGCUCAUUUUUUAAUUGAGUUUUUUGUUUUCUUAUUAUUGAGUUUUAAGAGGUCUUUGUAUAUUUUAGAUAAUAGUUCUUUAUCAGCUAUGUCUUUUGCAAAUAUUUUCUCCAGGCUAUGGCUUGUCUUCUCAUUCCCUUGGCAGUAUCUUUCACAGAGCAUAAGUUUUAAUUUUAAUGAAGUCCAGCUUAUCAAUUAUUUAUUUCAUGAAUUAUGCCUUUGGUGUUGUAUCUAAAAAGUCAUCACCAAACCGAAGGUCAUCUAGAUUUUCUCCUAUAUUAUCUUCUAGGAGUCUUAUAGCUUUGCAUUUUACAUUUGGGUCUAUGAUCCAUUUUGAGUUAAGUUUUGUAAAGGGGUAUAAGGACUGUGAUUGGAUUUCACUUUUUUGUAUGCGGAUAUCUAACUCUUCUAGCACCAUUUGUUGAAAAGACUAUCUUUUCUCCAUUAUUUGCCUUGCUCCUUUGUCAGGGAUCAGUUGACUAUAUUUAUGUGGAUCUAUUUCUAGGCUCUCUAUUCUGUUCCACUGAUCUAUUUGUCUAUUCUUUUGCCAAUACUAUAGUAUCUUAAUUACUGUAGCUUUAUAGUAUGUCUUUAAGUCAGUAAUGUCAGUCUCCAAACUUUUUUCUUCUCCUUCAAUAUUUUGUUGACUAUUCUGUCUUUUACCUUUCCAUGUAAACAUUAGAUCAGUUUGUUUAUAUCCACAAAGUAACUUGCUGAGGUUUUGAUUGGGAUUGUGUUGAAGCUAUAGAUCAAGUUGGAAAGAACUGACAUCUUGACAAUAUUAAGUCUUCCUACUCAAGAUCAUGGAAUAUCUCUCCAUUUAUUUAGUUCUUCUUUGAUUUCUUUCAUUAUAGUUUUGCUUAGACAUCUUUUUUGUUGUAAUUGUUAUAACUUAAUAUGUUAAAUGUCACCUCCUUUUUUUGCAAAUGACAUGCUUUGAGGUGGCAUUCUUAGUGUGGAUCCAGAGGGAAAUAGUGAGACUUCCUUUCCCAGAAACGCCAUUGCAUCUCAAUGGCUUGGGCAAAGCUUUGGCCAAGUCGCCAGCUUUAUCCUUGAGCCCACUCAGGUAGUAAAGAAGGAGAUUCUCUAGAAGGAAAACAAAGUAUGAUUACCAAAAGAAAGAUGAAUUAAUGCUAGAGGGCAAAAAUGACAGGUUUUAUCAAAAUCAUAUUGUCAUUUCAAACUCAUAUUAACAUUCCACCCCAAAUAAUAGUGAGACCUAGAAUGUAGUACCUUGAAUAUCACUCUGAAAAUCUCUAUCUGUUCCCUAAAUUCCUUUAGUUUCCAUUCACUCUGUAACACAUUUGCAAUCUAGCUUGACUUGAAUUACUUUGAUGAACUGCUGUUGGUCUUUUCUCUGUCUUUAUAAUCCUUAAUUAAUCCUUUUCCUUGAUAAUAUUGGCCACCAUCUCCUUGAAAACUUCCCCUAUAAUGUUUAUAUGUCACUGUGCUAGUCAGACUUUUCUUCUACUUGCCCAAGAUUUUUUCUGUCUCCUUCAGUAGCCUCUCUGCUUCUUACCUUCAACGUGGAUGUAUGCCUUAAGUUCUUUUCAUGGUCCAUUUUUUUUCUUUUUCAAUAUUUUCUCUUUCUGGGAUUUUGUCUUUUCCCACAAGCUUACUUUUCACCUCUAUGCAGAUGAUUCUCAAGUCACUCUCUUUCUGGUCUUUCUACCAGUAUCUACUCUUUCUCUUUAACUCUAGAUCCUUAUUUCUGACCGGCUGCUGGACAUAACUGCCAAUAUGGAUCAAGCUCAUUAUGUACAAAUCUUGAACUCAUUUACCACUCCAAGUAUAUGUUUUCCCUGUUUUUGUUAUUUAACACAACUGUUUUCCCCCUAGUAACUCAGGCACAGAAUAUGGGCAUCAUCUCUUACAGCUGUCUCUCCUUUACCAUGACAUUCAGUUGGUUAUCUAAUCCUUUAUAUGCUAGUUCUAAUAUAUCUCGUACACCAUUCCAUUUCCAUGCCCAUCUCUCUAGUUAAAGUUGUAUCUUGCCCAAACUCUUGGACAAGGUACAACUUUUUAAAGUAGACUCCUUGCUUUCAUUUUCCCUGUAUUCUAUUCCGCUACCAUAUUGAUUUUCCUUUCUAGUUUUUGUUUCUCUGCACGAAAAUCCAAAAUACUGCUACAUUGUUUUCUAAAUAAACAAGAUGUUUAGCCAUGACCAGAAAGCCAUCUGACAUAUUACCAUAACAUCCUUUUUCAGUCUUGCUGAAGGAUGAAAAGACUUUUUCAGUUUUCAGACUCCCCUAUGUGUAUCCUUUGCUGCAAUAAUACAGAACCGUUGAUACUUUCUCACUAUGCCUUCUGCUUCUCUCCUCCCUUGCCUUUGCUUACUCUAUCUCAUCUGCCUUCCUUUCUUCUCUUUCUUUAACUGUUUACAUCCUGCCCGUGAUGCAAGAUUGAACUCAAAUACUCUUAUACAUUUAGCCACACCAGAUGAACUGCCCUAACACUUUGUUUCUUCCUUUCUUGUGACAAAUAACUUUAUCAGCUUUAUGUUAUAGUUGUUUAAGGACUUAUCUUAUUAUUUCUACUAGAUUGUAAAUUUCUUGAGGACUGUUCUUUUUUCAUCUUCAUAUCUAUCCUCUGUAACAGCUGUUAGUUCUGCAAUAAGAUUUUUGAAUUUAAUUGACUGUUAUUUUCAUACUUCACUUUUUCUUCUUACAAAAUUUUAUAGACAUGUGCUUCCAUUUCAUGUUGCAUGCCAUUUAAUGAAAGUCACUUUCUUGUUUAUUUUCUUUUAUCUUGUUGUUAGAGCAAAAUGCUCCAAGCAAACUGCAAUGUAAAAUAUAACCUUUUAGAGAGGUGGUUAAUAUAAAAUUUAAGUUAUCACUAAGUUAGAUUUUUACUUUAUGUAUGAUUACCCUUAAACUUUUCUAUUGAAUAAUUAAUCUAUUUAAAUUUUACCUUUAAGUUAAAAUCUUAAAAUUAUUUGUGUGAAUAUAACACUUAUAUCAACUAAACAUGGGAUCCCAAACAAAGUAACUGAAUAAUGGAAAGCUCCAGGUUAAAAAUGGGGAAAUAUAUUAAAAUUUCUUUUGGGGCCCUGACUUUAUUGCUUAUGGCAAACUUGAUGCUAAAAUGUACCAUACAUCACUAUAGUGACAGGCUUGAGAAAAUGAAAAAUACAAAGCUUUACAUAAAUCAGCCAAAAGAUCAUAUUAAAAUGCAUAGCCUUUAACAGAAGAAGCAAGACUUUUACUUGUAACUAUUCAGAAGCUCUUUCUUCCUUACAUAGUUAGUUUAGAUUUUUCAAACAGCUUUAUAGGAAAUAAUAUUUCAAAUUAAUUGUUGGCAAAACCACUGCAUUCAUAAAGAGACAAGGUUCCUGGAAAUUUAACCCCAAUUUUACUAAUGUACCCUACUAUCAUUUAGUACUUAAUUUUACUUUUUGUUGAAAUAAUCUUAUAAAUACUACGGUACCGUAUUAUCACUUAGCACUUAAUUUUGGUUUUUGUUGAAAUAAUCUCAUGGGACAAUUAUAUAUAUUAUAUAAUUAUAAAAGCUCACAUUCCUAAAUGUUGUAAUUUUUAAAGAUACCAUAGUCUUGUAGUCCAUUCUUGGCUCUUUCAUUUUAUUUUGCUUUAUUGCGGGAAUAUCAUCAAAUAUAUUUUAAAAACUUUAUAAUAUUAAACUAUCUCUGAGCUUUUAUUUUUCUCUGCAAUUCAACGAAUACCUAUGAGCACCUACUCUAUUUAAAGACUGUUAGGCCUGAUGAAAUUCACUAUAAAUAAAGGCAAAUUACAGAGUAAUUCUAAUUCUAACUCUAAAUUGAAAUUAUUACAGGGUAUUACUAUUCCUGACAUCAUGAUUACAGUGACAGAUAUCACAAGUUUGGCUAAUCUGCACUGAAGUUAUGGCCAUAAUGCUGAUUCAAGGUGAAGAGUGAUAUGUUGGCUAUGAUCCUGUUUUCCUAAGAAAGAGAGGUGGAGGCAGAGAGCUUAUACAUUUAUUUAUAUUUGAAUGAGGAUAGUAAAAGGUGAGCGUAUAGUAACCAGACUGAUGAUAUUGGUUUCUUUAGGAGAAGGGGGUAUGAAGAGGGGAGACACAGAGAAGCUUAAUUCUUUAUCUAACUGUAGUUUAUAACUUCUUACAAUGAGCAUAUGUUUAUAAAUUUAAAAAUAUUUGAUUAAGAAAAUUAACUGAGGUGGGGGACAAGGUGUGGUGAGUUCCAGUGCUAAAUAAAUAUUUAAAUGUUAUUCUACAACAUUUUAGUAGUCUAAAUUGAAAGAAACACCCUAGGGCCCUUUAAAAUUUUCCAUAGAAUUCCAGUGAAACCAGUACCCACAAUGUGAGUUGAAAUCUAAUUGAUCCUAUAGUAAAUUCUAAGCAGAGAAUCCUGGGGGAAAGUCUAUAUAUAAUGAUGACGAAAAGUAUUUGAAUGGCAGGCCUCUUGAGUAUGUUGUGCAUGGGAAUUUGCUCUCCUUGCUCAUAGCAACACGUAUAAAUUCCAGGAUCCCCUCCAUGGAGGUAUGCUGCCACUGUCUCUAUGCCACCUCAAAAAUAUUUAUUUACAGAAAGGACAAAGGAGGGAGAAAGAUAAAGGAUGACUUUUAUUCACCAACAUUUGGUUCAGCACAACUUUCCUACCCCACCCCACCCUCUCUCCAUCUUUUCUCUCAGGCUAGAGAGCAGAAAACUGAUUUGGUAAGAGAAAACAAGGCAUUUAGCGGGUUUUGAAACCUAAUUCUAUAAACCUUAAUGAUAUAACUUGGGAUUCAGCUGGAUUUUGCCCGUAGGUACCACUAGGUCACUGCUACUGCAAAUGGUCAUUGGAGCAGAGCAGUAAAUUAAGCACCAGCUUCACCCAAAUUUAGAGAGCUACUUGACUCGUUUCUGUCCCUAAUGCAUGAAUUUUAGCAACAAUGUACCACUGUGUCAAGAAGUCAAGAAUCAAACUAGAUAGUGGAAGAGUGUUUUUGAACCCAAAAUCUGUGGUAGACUUAUCAGUUUGGGGGAAGAUAAUAAAAAUAACCAAUCAAUUUAUUUCUUUCUCUGCUUUCAAGCUCUAAUUGACUAUCUUUUUCUCUUUAAUAUGUCCUUAGUUGUUAUGCUCUCCCAUGCAGCUUUUUGUUGUUGUUGCUUAAAAAAAAUAAAGUUUCUGAUUGGU